CUUCGUACGGAGACAAGAGGAGACAAUAAGAACUAGCAGGGGAGAUAAGGAGGUGUCCGACUUUCCGCCAUUUUGUACGAAUAUUCACAAGCAGAAACUGUGGAGCUUGACGAAAGUAUUUCUCUGUGUCGUCUACCAGUCGCGUUAAUGGCAGAAGGCAAGUCUGGGAUCUAAAGAUGCUCACCUCCAAGCAUUGACCGGAUUACCUCCAGUAACUGACCCCUCGAGUUUUUCAUCACCCAGCUAGAGGUUACUCUACAGGCAUUGUCGCAGCUGCAGGGUACAGUGCAAUAUACAAAAUGGCGUUUGUUUUGGUUCCAUUGUUUAUCCUAGCAACCUACACUAGCAACAGUAUAGCAGCGAAUAACCCGGGGUUCUGUCUACCGCCAUAUACUUCUAUAAAUCUCUGCGACCGCCCCUGGGCCCUGAUAUUUGAGAACGACGAGACGGGCGCGGCGCUACACGGGAGUAAAGAGGAGCUGAAGCAGGCCGUACUGCGGGGCGCCGAGAUCCGGGUCCUGUUGAAGGACAUGAUGGUGGAGCCGUCCUCCAUGGUCACCCACACCUUCUCAUCUGGGGUGGACAACAUCAACAUCCGGGGGGACAACAUUUGUUGUGAGAUCUUGUCUCACGUGGCGACGGCGGGGUUCGAGAGUGUGGUUGACGCCCACUGGCGCUUCUUCCUGCCGUGUACGACCGGAAGUGUCCACGUGGCGCAGUACUACGUCGAGAGUGCCGACUUCCUGUCUGAAGAGACGCAGCGAGUCAGGAUAGCGUGGUACGCUAAGGAGAUUCAGCACGACCUCUACAACAACCGGCCACUGUUUGCACAUUUCCUGGACGGUGGCUCCACCAUCGGCACCAAGGAGGACCUGAUCGACGCGGCCCGUGAAGGCAAGGAGAUCCGUGCCCUCAUGACAGACAGAGGCUACGCUUUUCCUUUCCAGGUGAUCGCCUGGUCUGACACCGACGGUCGUGUCUGUGGACAGAGCAACAAACAUCUCUCGCAGAAGUACAGCGGGAGCGACAUCGUCUUCAACACACAGACCCCCUACAUGUGGUUCUCAUCCUGGUCCACCACGGGCCGCAGGGACAGCUCCAGGUGGGCGGUGGGCGGGGUCACCAACAGGGGUCGGGGGUCGGACUACGUCUCCCUCAAGUGGUUCGCGGACCCGUGCUGGCGUCACGUGUUCACGCACGACAGCAGCGGCAACCAGCUGCGGGGGUCACGUGAGUCCCUGGUGGCGGCCAUCAAGGACGGGCACCGCGUGCGUGUUGUGGUGGACAGCCGCGCCAUGGAGGCCUCCUUCAUCCGCGUCAAGAACAACCACGUCAGCGCUUACUUCCUGGACGAGCUGUCCACCAAAGGGGGGCGGGGCUUCGACCAAUUCGACUUCACCACGGACACGUACUUCAAGUUCACCACGGCGCACACCACGGGGACAUUCCGGCAGUACGGACAUUUUGUCCGGAACACCUCCACCACCGUCAGCCCCAGCCUGACCAAGCAGAAAAUUUCAUGGAUGAUUGACGUCAAGCCAUGGGAGACGAUUCUCAAGGUCAACGACAAGGGCGUGGUUAUGUGGGGCCAGAAGGCCAACGUGAAGAACGCCAUCGUCAAGUCUGCUGCCAUCCGGAUGUCGGUGGAGUUCGACACGUCCAGCGGCACGCUCUACCUCAGCGCCGACAACACCAAGGUCUCGUCGUCUGCCUCUGAUGAAGACAGCGCCGCCCAGAGCGUGCGCGUCAUGGGCGACCGGCCCAUCGGCAGCUAUGAAUUCGAACUCUCGCCCGUGCCGUUCUGGGUGUUCCUGGUGGUGCCGACCUCCGGCAACGUGCACCUGUCGGGGUGGCAGAUGGGCAAACACCACAGGUUCUUCCACAGGAGCGUGCCAGCAACGGUCGUCUGGUUCGCCAACUUGUAGAGGCCCUAGGCCAAACAUGUGUGUGUGUUUGUUUGUUUGGUUACCGGCUGAUCGACAGCAACCAAUAUCUUUUGGCAGAAAUUAAACUAAUUUAUAUACACGUG